UUUGGCAUCUUUUAUCAAAUUCUGGCGCUUUUUCGACGUGUAGAGAAGACGAUUAGAGUUGACACAUAUUGCUGUCCAUGGAAAGCAUGGCAGCGUGUGAGACUGGGUCCCAAGGCAGUCUCAAAAUCGGAUCCAGGUUACGUCACUCACCUAAAUGGAAUUAUUUGGGGCGGCUCAAAGCUUCCGUUUCAUAUCACCGUUCAGCAGACCAUCAACAAGAGCAGAGUUCCCAUCUUGAACCUUUUUACUUCUCAAGAUGAUACGUUUCACUCCAAAAUCUUCGGAGCUGCGCGCAAUGCCCAUGCCAUGAGUACUUUGGUCCUGUUGAGCCCUUUAUCGGACAAAUACCAUUUUUUAACAAACCAAUCCUUAAAAAAUCCAGGGCUCUCUAGCUCUACAUCGCCUGUUGCCGUCUUUACUCGGAAUCGCAUGCUUGGCCGAGCUGAUCCAGAGAAUCUCGGAGACAAGGAAUUUGGUGAGGUCAAAGCUUGGCGCGACUUCCUUUCGAGAUUUCCCGAAGCCCACCAGAAAUAUUCCGAGUUUAUCAGCAACGAUCGCGUUCUCGCUUUGACGGUCGCCAACAUGCUUGCCGGAUCAGACACCAUAGCCAUUACUCUACGAGCAAAUUUCGAUUAUCUUAUGAAGAAUCCAGCGGAUAUGAGCGCUCUACUCAAUAAUCUUUCCCAAGAAGAAGACGCGGGGAACUUUACUCGUGAGGACGGCCUGUUGGGCUGGAACCAAGUUCGAAGUCUUCCCUGUCUUAACGCUGUAAUUAAGGAAGCUCUGCGAUGUACUCUACUAAAGACAAGAAUCAAGAUUUUAAAGGGUAGGGGUAGAUUGGAUUUCCACGCCAAAGGUUCUUUUAUUUAUUGGCUAAGCCAUCUCAGCCACAAGUAUCCACGGGGAAAGAGGUUGAAAGGCUUCGUCUUACAAUCAGGUACUGUUCAACGGUAUCAUCAGCAACAAUUCAAUCCCGGAUUUUCCGCGACUGGCUAA